CCUCAUUCUUCUGUGCAGCGUCGUCCAUUGAAAAACUCGUGUGCGUGUCGCGGCUUUUGGUCGCCAAAAAGUGCCAACUUUCAGGUGAAAUUUUCUCCCUCAUUUGCAGCCGGUCGUAGGCGGGGGCUCCCUUUGAUUCUUUUAACACUCGUGUUUCGGUUCUGUCGGGCCGGAAAUCGUCGUCACAGUGGACGGAACGCGAGCGAACGACGUCGCCGCCGAACGGGAACCGGAAGUAGAUUCUACGAAAAUGCCGGCCUCCGCAACGUUCAAACUGUUCAUCGGCAACGUGGACGAGAAGACGCAACCCUCGGAUUUGCGGCCGCUGUUCGAAAAGUACGGAACCGUGGUCGAGUGCGACGUCGUCAAGAACUAUGGCUUCGUGCACAUGGAAACCGAGGACAUGGGCCGGGACGCCAUCCAGAAUCUCGACGGGUACGUGGUGAACGGAAAGGCCAUCAAGGUCGAAGCGGCCCGGAACCGUCGCGCGCCAAACUCCAACACGACCAAGAUCUUUGUCGGCAACCUGACCGACGUGACGCGCGCUCCGCAGGUUCGCGAACUCUUUCAAAAGUACGGUACCGUCGUCGAGUGUGAUAUCGUGCGCAACUACGGCUUCGUCCACCUGGACCCCCAGGGCGACGUGAACGAAGCGAUCCGGGAGCUGAACGGCAUGAUGGUCGACGGCCAACCGAUGAAGGUCCAGGUGUCCACGAGUCGCGUCCGCCCGAAGCCCGGCAUGGGCGAUCCGGAGCAGUGCUACCGGUGCGGUCGCUCCGGCCACUGGUCCAAGGAGUGUCCGCGUUUGCUCUUUUCCGAAAGUCGGUUCCGCGAUCGGCCACCGAUGUACGCCAGGGAUCCGUAUCCACCGCCGCCGCCGCCGCCGUUCCUUCGCGAUCGCAUUAUGGAUGGAUUUAGGGACACCUUCGACUACUACGACCGCUACGAUGACCCGCGCGAUCUGUUCGAGCGGCGGUACGGCAUCCGCGGCCGGGACUUUCCCCCCCUGAGGACGCGCGAACCGAUGCCCCCGAUUCCGCCCCUGAUGCGCCGCAGUGGCGUCGAAAGCAGCCGCAGCAGCAGCGGCUACGAUUCGAUCUUCAGCCGGCGGACGCCCCCGCCGGCCAGCCGCAACGGCAGCAGCAUCAGCCGGUUCGGCGUGUACGAGGACUUUAGCCGGGACUCGUUCGACGAUCGGCGCCAGGGUCUGCGGGGACCGUCGCCCACGCACCGGUACGCUCCGUACUGAAACGACGAAGAGCCAAGUCGCGGGUUGUUCCACUUUUGAGUGGAUCUUAUUUUUUUAAAUUCUUACCGUAUUAAUUGUAAGCGAUAACUUCAGCGUUCAUUUUUGACCAUAAAACCGGACAUUAAACAGCACUCACACACGCAAGCAAGCACGCGGCAAUACUACGAUGUGUAAUGGAAAGCAUCCUAAGUUAGGGAUAGAGGUAGAAUGUAGCAGAGUAUUUCUUUAGACACACUUAAUUCUAAGUUCCAAUCAUUGCUUAAUCAUGUUCAGUUCUUUUUUUUUUGUGUUAGAGAUUCCAGCGAUAGUGUAGACGGUUUACACACCAACAGUUGUGUAAAAUUAAGCUCGUUUUAAACCCUCGCCCCCUUCCUUUUAACGUAAAUAAAAACAAUUUAAAAAAAACUACAAUCAACACAAACAAUAGUUCCCGAUCUACAUUUUCCACCUGAUUGAUGUAAAACAGCAAACUCUAAACAUAGUGCAGGACUUGAGAAAAGAGAAGAAACGAAGAUUAAAUCUACUACCUUAUUCUACUGAUUAUUCUGAAUAUUUAUCGAUUGAUGAACAAAAUAAAAGUCAUGAAACUAAACAAGGAA